UUUUAUUUUUAAUAUGAGGGAGGGGGUUCCCAGAAAAUACCUCCUCCUGCUGUUCCUCAGCUCUAUCUCGUGAAUAUCAAACACUCGCCGUCUCCAUAUUGGAAGCAGACAUCAGAAAACAUGGAGAAGCAGUUUUUGACGAUCGCUUAAACGCACAGAUGUCGGCGUUCUCCGCUAUAGCUCCAGGAGUUUAACCGCAAGCGUUCAGACAUCGCGCGGGUCAUUUAUUCAGCCUAAAUUUGGAGGUUUCGUGGUCAGCUCGCUAACGCUAUCUUAUAUUAGCAAUCCAGCCUCCAACUACUUGUUAGCCAUUCGGCGCUGUCGCAAUUGAUUUUUGUUAUGCGCAUCUGUACGGGCUGAUUGAUCAAAUGUGUGUCCGCGACGCGUAUUUUAAUGCAACAAAACGCAAAAAUUAGUGGUCGGGUGCAGUCCGUUCGCCCACGCUAGCCUGAGCGACAGCAGUCUGCUGCUGGCUGGAGAUCUGCCAUUAACUCUACUAAGUUAGCUGUUAGCACAACCUGAAACACGGACACGGCCAGAACUCGCUGGAAAAAGGAGCUAACAUCUCGUUUCCAUGGACAACACGUCCAUAAUAACGCAGGUUACGAACCCCAAGGAGGAGGAGAUACUCUCGUCAAAUGCUGAGAAAGUUUCGCUGUCUAACAGCAGUCUGAAGAAGAAGAGGACUCGCAGCAUCUUCAGCUCAUUGUUCUGCUGCCUGAGAAGUUACGAUGCCGAGCCCCCCACCACCCCCAACAACAACAGCAGCCCUCUGCCCCCGCCUGUGGAGGAGAACGGAGCUCCACCAAAGUGUGACCAGGUUGAGGUCAUCCCUAUCCCCAGUCCUCCAGAGAAGUACCUCCUCCCUGAGGUUAACAUAAAUGACUAUGGGAAGAAGUGUGUGGUAAUAGACUUGGAUGAGACUCUGGUGCACAGCUCAUUUAAGCCCAUUAGCAACGCUGAUUUCAUCGUCCCAGUGGAGAUCGACGGCACAGUGCAUCAGUAUGCUGACCCGGUGGCUGAUCUGCUGGACCAGUGGGGUGUGUUUCGGGUGCGACUCUUCCGGGAAUCCUGCGUUUUCCACAGAGGGAACUACGUCAAAGACCUUAGUCGUCUCGGGAGAGAGCUCAGGAACGUCAUCAUCGUGGACAACUCCCCUGCUUCCUACAUUUUCCAUCCUGAAAAUGCUGUGAGUUUUGAUUGCUUGUGAAACUCUAAACCAAAU